GAAGGAGCUAGGGGGACUCAUUCCCGAGUGACUCUUCCUUUGCUUCAGAAAACCGAACCAUUUCCUGCUUUCUUAUUGUUUUUAGUUAAAACCACAAUCAAUCGACUUAGUUGGCUAGAUAAUAGAUGUUCACGGAGUAGGCAGUAGAUCUAGACCCCGGGUUGAUAAUUAGAACUUGCCACUUUACUGCAUUCCCGAACUGCGAUUACACUUGGUCGCAGUUUGGUGUUGUUUUUUAGCGUGUCAAGUUUUUGGCGCCGUUGCCGGGGAACCUCUAGGUUAUUGUAGAAACGUGAAAGUCUUUUACUUUAGUUUUUUUCUUUUCUUUUCCACCCUUGAUUUUCACUUGGGUGUUAUGUUUUUGUUGGUGCAGAUCUGAAACAUGGAUUCUCAUGGCUUCUCCAACCAUUGGGGUUAUCAACCACCAUUUGUGUGGUAUUACCCGAGAAUUCCAUUGAGGAAUCAAGGAGGAGAAGACUAUGGAUUCAGAUGUCAGUACCAACCCCCCUACUACGGAGAACAACCAAACCCUUGGGAAGCUCAAGAACAAUAUCCUUUUCAAGAAGAGUUCCUGCCACAACCAGAGGGGCCAUCUGAGUUGGAGUUAGCCAUGGAGGCCUUCACGGGCCACUCUGUAGAGCUAUGCUACACUUCACUGGAAGAUCCGAACAAACAAUUAAGGCUUCUCGUGGAGAAGUUUGCUCGAGACACUGAGAGAUCAUGCUCCAAGAUGGAUCUUCAAAUCAAAGCCCUUGCCCCUUCCGAUCCCUCAUUUCUCCAUGAAAUGGAGAAGACUGUUCAGUGCUCAGCGAAGCAAACAAAGUGGGUGGAGCAAGUUUGCUCACAUCCUGCUCAAGAUCACCUUUCUGCAACCACGCUAGAAGAGGUGGAGGAUGACAAAGGCUACGGGGACGUUGAGGAGCAUACAGAAGUUAUCAUAGAGAACUUCCAUGAUAAUCAUGAUCAGGAAAGUCCUCUGGUUGCAUAUCACACCUUUCCUCAUUUCUGCUCUAACAAGCUGGGCCCGAGCGAGGAGAUACAAGAUGAUCUCAUUGAAGAAAUUACAUGGCGACUUGCUCUCCAAUCUGUUCUAUAAGAAGAAGAGCGAGAAAGGGUGAGGGAAGAAGUUGUGGAGGAUGAUGAAGAAAGCAAAGAAGAGGAAGUUCUUGAUCUUUUCCAAGGGGAGAGACCACAUUCUGAUGAAGGAAGGGGGGUUGAGGAAGCAAUUGGCAUCCAGGCUGAGGAUGAAGUUGAGGUGGAAGAGGCUUGCACCGGCCCUAUGUUACAUUUGAUAUCUCCACCAAACUUCGAAGAGCUGCUUGGCAAGGACCCAUUUGCAGUGUCUCUUCGCCAGACCAAGACCACAUCAACAUCAAUCCCUCUUGGUGGAUGUGAUGGUGGUCAAUCGAAUAUAUCUUAUCUGGUUUGAGACAGCGAGACAAGAGCAGACGCGAAGGAGAGGUCUCGUGAGUGGGGACUUCAUCAAGGCCACGAGCCAUCUUCAUCACCUAUCACAUCACCUGCUUGUGACUUGUGACUCCACAUCAUCGACGAGAACCUCAACUUCAAGGAGGUUUUGGGGUGGACCGAAACUUAGGAGCCACCGUCCGGCUACGACGUAAAAGAAGCGCUUGUGGGGAGGCAACCCCACCAAGGUUUGUUUUUCCUUCGUUUUUUUUCGAUUUGUCCACUUGGAACUAUGGUUUCUAUCACCAAGUGUGUUUUGAUGACUCUAGACCUGCUGACUGGUCCCAUUUCCAGUCCCCUGACAGUCCGUAUUCCAGGUAACAUCGUUCCCCCUUAUCUUUCUCUUGCUCCAUUAAGGGCAAUGUCGUACUUAAGUGUGUGUGCGUGGGGGGGGGGGUGUUUAUCUAUUUUUGACUGCUAGAUGAGUUUGUUUGCUUGGAGCCUAGUCCACUGUCCAAUUUGAUGAAUUGAGGGCUCCAAGUACUGUUCCCUGCAAAAUCCUGCUCAGUAUGCUUUGAAUUGACAGUCUUUAUGGUGAUAUGCGACCUAGGGAGGUAGUUGUAGCACUAUGGAGGAUGUUGAAGUAUAAGAUUUUUCCUAUCUGUCUCUCUGCUGUGCCGGUUGAUUUUGUGAACUAGUGGAUUUAGGACCGUUGAUUCAUGUGGUAUUGAUGACUCCUAUUAUGUUGUGUUGUGGGCUCGUGUAUCGAAAAAGGGUGCUCAAGUGUGAAAUGAAAAAAAGCAGUUGGUCCUCCAUGUCAAAAAUUUGAAAUUCUAAGACAUGGGGUAAGCCCAACGUGUGUGCCACCGUUCAUUGCACAAAAUCGGGUUUUGGAAGAGAUUUUAGUGAUCCUUGGUGGGGUAGGCCUACAAGGUGAAGCUAAGUUGUCUCUAGUACAAGUAAAAUUUCCACCCAUUGAACGGUUGGCCUACUUGAGGAUGUGUUUUUAAGGGCACGGAUAGAGCUUCCGACCCCCCUUAAUUUCAUUGACCCUCCACACGAAGUGAGGAAUAGGAGUUACAUGAAGUACUCUGGCGAGUGACAGAUGUACAGAAAUUGCUCUUGCUCACCUAAUAAGGGCAGACCGCGCAUACAAACUGCAGUUAGAACCCCAGCAAAGAAAAAAAAAACAAAUAGUAAGAAGAAGGGGUUCCAACAAGUGAAAUGAAAUGAAAGAGCACCCGAUACAAUGAGUCCUUGGUUGUUGAAUUGUGUGAGUCUUCUUAUCCAUGAAUUGAAUGUCUUAGUUCCACUGCUUCUCAUGAUCCUUGCUUGAGUCUAGUACUCGCAUUGAGAGAGAUAGUAGGCGUCUUAGAAGACCAGUUGACCUCGUAAGUUGCUAAAUAAUCUAGAAAAUCCUCUGCCGACGAUCGGGGUUGCAUGUUGCUAUAGAGGUCUGGAGAGUUGUCUUGGUUUGAUUCAGGUUUGCUUGGGGGCAAGCAAAUGGUUAAGUUUGGGGGAGUUUGAUAGACCAUUAAUUGCACAUGUUUUUACCCCUAUUCUUGAGCCGUUUGAGAUGUUGAUUCUCAUGUUUUAGGCCGAUUUCACACUAGGUUGUGCUUGUUUGUGAUAUUUCAGGUCCUAGUACGUGAAUGAAGGUUUGGGAACGAG